ACGCGCCGUCGAGAGUCGCUUCUCCGCCAAACACCCGCGUGGGAAAACUAAGCGCGCACUCGCGCACGCUAGGACGCCUUGCGAAGCUCUUCGCAUUUGCUCAUUCGGAAGCACUUGCGGCGUUUUUCUCUCGAAACCCACUUCUGCUGCUUUCUUUGUUAUCAGUCUUGUCAUCGCUGCGCCAUAGAAGAAAACCGGAAUAACUUUUAUUGCUCAGGCUUUAGCUGUUUUUGAUCUAGUUUCCGUCGAGUCAUGUUUCAUAGUCGAGGAAGCAGAAGUGUACGUUCGCCACCGCAGCGGCUGCUGCGGCAGAGGCCUUUGCACAAAAGGAGCUUGGAACUGACUUGCGGCUUCUUUCGGCUCGUCGUGCUCAGUGUGAUGAGCAUAGCACCGCGACCUGGAUACUGUUUCGGCGAUGACUACUUCGGAAGGGGCGUCGACCCGCGAGGCACCACGGUGCUCGCGACGGACGGCGGGCGCGCCGUGAUCCCGUGCCUGGCCAAGCUUCGCGUCGAGAGCCGCAACGACUCCGCAGUGCUGGUGCGCUGGUUCCGCGGCGGCGACAACAGCACCGAGCCUUUCUACAGCCUGGACGCCCGGUCGCGCAGGGGCGGCCUGUCCAAGGGUCACCACACCAGAGGCGAGGCGUGGAAGGGUCGCUCCUUCUUCUCGGUGCUGCAGGAGCCACCCAGUCUCAAGGUGAACCGUGUGGACUACGCAGACCGAGGCGCGUACGUCUGCGACCUGCUCUACGCCAGCGGCAGGCGAUACAGCGCAACCGUCGCGCUGGCCGUUUUUGUGCCACCAACGGAAUUUGUAAUCAAGGAUGUUAACGGCAAUGUUGUGCGAGAUUCAGUGGGACCAUACACGGAGGGCGACAACCUCUUUCUGGUGUGUGAAAUCAUUGGAGGGAAGCCCCGGUUCCUCACCACGUGGCAGAAUAAUCUGGGCGCAGCGGCGAACGUGAGCAGUGUGGUGGAAGAGGACGACGUCCACCGGACGUUUCUUCGCAUUGAGCCUCUGCGACGUCACCACUGGGGCCUAAACGCCACAUGCACGGCUUCCAUUCUGGACGGUCUCUUCUCCAAGUCCCUCUCAAUUCACGUGCUCAUCCAUUUGCCUCCUGCGAGCACUGUGAUUACGGCCAGCCACACCGAGCUGUACUUCGAAGAACCGGCAGAGUUUGUAUGCACGAGUCGUGGAUCCCGUCCCGCGGCAGAAAUACGCUGGUUUUUGGGUUCGAAUCCCGUCGAGUCGCUCCUGUACCGUACCACGACGGACGGUAACGUCACCACCAGCUUCGUGCUGGUCACACCCACGAAGGAACGCAACGGAGAGCGGCUGAAGUGCGUCGCAUUCAACAAGAGUCUAAGGGGCUCAGAGUUGGCGUCUGAGACUCUGCUCGAGAUAAAAUACAAGCCGCAGGUUACACUAGAGUUUGGCGCUGGCCUCAAGAAGUCAAUGAUCUACGAAGGCCACGACAUAUUCUUUGUGUGCAAUGCAUCCGCAUAUCCAAGCAUCACAGACGUCGUGUGGAAGCUCAACGGCGUCCCUCUGGAACAGCCGCACGAGCAGCACAGGCUGCAGCUGCAGCAGUCGGCCAAUGGUUCGUCCUCGCUCUCGUUGAUGCGUGGACCGCUUAUAGUCAACCAGCGCUACCUGGUGUUGCGGAAUGUGCAGUCGUCCGACUCUGGAAACUACUCGUGCACAGUCACCAACCCGGAGGGAGUGACUACGUCCAAAACCCUCCAGAUACGCAUACAGCACUCUCCUCGCUGCCAGAACCCUCAGCAGCAACACCACGCCAAGGUGGUCUACACGGCCCCGUUCGAGGAAGUGUCCCUGUCGUGCGACGUGGAGGCCGACCCCAGCACCAACCUUACUUUCCGUUGGUCCAUGAAGGAGAGCCACAGGGCUUCCAUCGCCACGGCGUCGGUGGCACCAGGAGACGCCGAGAAGCGGGAGGCGGCGUUCUCGCGCGACUUCGACGUGAUGGCUCGAGCGUUCGCGUCCCGCAGCGUGCUCACUUUUGUUCCUCUACCCGAUGAACUUCACUCGACCUUCCAGUGCUGGGCAAAGAACCCCGUCGGAAUCCAGAAGAAGCCUUGCCUGUUUCGUCUAGUACCAAAAGAAGUGCCGAGUCGUGUGCGCGAGUGCCAACUCCUAAACAAGACGCUGACGUCACUCUUGAUCGAGUGUCAGCGGCGGAGCGACGACCACCACACGUUCGUGAUGGAGCUCCACGAUGCCAGCAGCAACCUGCUCGUGCGACGGGUCACCUCGGCCACGCCGCGCUUCCAGCUCAGUGAGCUGCACCCGACAACCUACUACACCAUUCUCGUUUACACCACCAACGGCGUCGAGAGCAGUCGCACUCUGAACAUCUCCAUCUCAUCUACGGAGGCUGCCAUGGCUAAGACAUAUGAAAAAGAUGGUGGGCUAUCGCAGUUAAAUCUAGGAGCCAUAGUAGGACCUGUCGCAGGCAGCAUCGCCGUCCUUGCAGCUGCCGUUUGCAUUGCAUGUUUCUGCAAAAAUCAUCACAGACGAAAGCUUUUCCUUCAGGAGAAGCCCGUGGUUGAAGAGACUCCCGCUGCCAGCCAAGCGGAGAAGACCGAGAUGUUCUCCAUACCACUGGGCACACAGACAAAGGUCGACUGCAAAGGGGACGACAUAGGCCCUGCUGUCGAGGUUGUGGCGCACUACAACCAUGACCUCUCGGAGAAGCUUCCUCUGCAGUGCUACGGAAGUGUGCUAUGAGCUGCCAAGCAGCUCGUCCCUCCGUCCUGCCCAGCAGAAGCGACAUCGUGUCGAAGAGAACACGAUCCGUGAAACGUGCGCGGAUUAAAACUUCCUGCAAGCUCACAGUUUGCAGUCUUAGAGUGUGUUACGUUACCAGACUAUGUGUCGUUGCUUUGUGGGGACCACGCACGUGAAGACUCACCGCCUCUCUCCGCCUAACACGCGCCCUGCUUCGUGCAAGCCGUGGUUAAACAACAUUGUGGAAGCUGUAUCCUGACGAACUCAAAGCAGCGCUUCCGCGGACCAAGUAACUGAUUGUGGGGUAAUUGCUGUGUAUAAUGACUAUGGUUACUCGUGUAUAUAAGGACACCUUAUUCGUGUAUCACUUGCUCUCCUGAAUUCACAAAGCAGGAUUCUCAUAAUUAAAUAUUUUUUAUGAAA